AUGGUGAUGUGUUAUGCAGCUCAUUCAAUGCAAAAAAUGAUAUCGAAAGAUGAUUUUGGACAGACUUUGAAACAGGAGAAAUAUCAACUUUUGAAAGAACAACUUGAAGAUCUUGCCUGCGAAAUAGUGAAUAACUUCAAUUCAAGUGGGCCGGAGGGUGCAAUUCAGAUUCGAGAAGCACUACAUGCUGAUUUUAAGUCUGAAUUUCCUGCACUUGAAAGGAUAAUGACCCCGUAUGAAGAGUAUUUGUAUCGGAAGUUUGACAAGAGUAAAGAAAUUAUGACAGUUGCGUAUAAGGCGAAAGCAAUGAAGUUUCUUUCCCAAAAACCUUGUCUUAACUUGAUUCGAAUUCGAACUGAAUGUCGAAAAAUUGACAUAGGGAGUUGUGAUGGACAUGAGAAAAGAUACAAAAUUAGAGUUCAAAUAAAUAAAAAAGAGAAAUUAUUGGUGAAUACCAAUAUGAAAUUGUGGUUUCAUGCAGUAUUCCGGGGAAUUUAUAUUGGAAUGUUCGCAUACAUGUUGUGCAAAUUCCCAGUCUAUGAUGACUUCGAGGCUCUCGAUAGAACAUGGACUCAAUUAAUUCCAUUCUUUUACGUAUUGACUGUUCUCAUUGCACAGGUUUCAAUGACAUUUAUCAAGGCAAUCGAUUAUUUGAGUUUCCAUUGUUUCAAGUCAAAAGUCUUACCUCUUGAAUCAGACCAAUCAUAUCAAAAAAAGAACUGUGUAACUCUCCUCCAUCCAUAUUUCAAAUCGAAUAAACUCGCUCUAUGGAGAAUAUGUCUUGUCGUUCCACUUUUACUUUUGGAAGCAAUUCGAUUCAUACUUUUGACAAUCGAGAGAAAUAAGAAUAGAGCUCCAGAUGUGAAGAUGUGGUUUGGCGGUUGGGUUCUUGUUCCGAUUGUUUUGGAGCUUCUGUACUGUGCUCUUUUUGCAAUUGCUACCAUCUCUUCUCUUCGUUUCUUUCAUUUCGUUCAAUCACUCGGGUUUUUUGUUCAUCUUUUUAAGAAAAUGUGGAAAACAGUUGGAAUGUUUGUUCUCAUUUUCUGCACAUUUUGGUUUGUUUUGGCGGUGAUUCAUGUUAGUAUUUCAAGAACAUUCAUGUCAUCAAGAAACACAAUUUUGUAUACGGUUGCAUCACAAGGAAAAUUCGAAAUAUUUGGAGAAGUUCAAGAUGAAGAUCGAGUUGGAAACAUUUCGGAUUGUGGACAUUUCAAUAGAACGAUUUUUGAUUUCCUAGAUAUGGAUUACAUGGAAGCAAGUUGUCUGUUCCGAAGUUCCAUGUUGCCUUUUCUGGUCUUCACUUAUAUUUUUGUGACUGGAAUUCUUUUGGUUAAUUUGCUGACUGCUCAAUUAACCAAAGAAUACGAGAAAGAAUCUGAAAAUAGUCGAUACUACAAAGGAUUUCUCAAAUAUGAACAGCUCGCAAAAAUAGAAUCAAAGCUGUACUUGCCACCUCCAUUCUCUAUAAUCUACGUUCUAAUUCGAAUACUUUUUGCUCUUUUCACUGGAAUAUGCUCAAUAUUUAAUUGGAUCACAUGCUGUAAUUGUCAAUGUUUAUUCCCGAACUCAUCGAAAUUCAUCUGGAAAAAUAUAAUUGGAAAUCUGGAGGGAUAUCCAUGGGGAGCAGUGAGAGACUCAAAGGAUGAGCAUCAAACUGAAGAAGAAAUCAAAAACUUUUUGAAAAAACCACCUAAACCUCUCUGGGAAAAAUUGAAAGAAAUGGUCAAUGCGUACGAAACGUUUAAUGUGGAAAAUUUGAAAUUGUUGAAGAAGAAAAUUGAUGAAUUUUUAGACAACGAGACAGAAGAAGAACGAGAAAGAUCACAAUCAAGAGUUGGAACUGAUCGAGAUAGAAGAGAAAUCUCGAUGCAUCGAAAUCUAUCUUCUAUUAGAAAUCAGAGCUCGCUGGCUCGGCGAAUUCAAUCGGCCGAUGAUGAUCCAAGUGCCGAAGCAUCUAUUCCUACGUUUGAUUGA